AUGCCGUGCGAUUUCUACAUUGGGAAGGAUGUGGCUCAUGCCAGUGACGAGUUGGACUUCUAUGCGCGCCUGCGCGAGGCGGUGAAGGAAAGCGCAAGUUGGUCGGCCUUCGGGUGUAUGGCCAUGGCUUGCCCUGGCAUUGUGCGCCUGGAGUGUGUGAACGCCAAGUCGCAGCAGCGCUCCAAGCGGCUUCUUCUGUUACUGGAGAAUCUGCGGCAGGGCUUCGAGCGCAUGCGCCUGCUCGAUGUCAAGCUCGGGGCCGAGACGUCCGUCGCGUGCUGGAAGGGCAAGAGUCGCCUGAACGCGUGGAAGAAUGCCUGUGUGGACCAACGAACGAACUCGGCGGUGGAAGGCUUCCGCUUGGAGGGCAUGGAGCUGCCCCCAAGGUCCUUAGAGAGGCGGAUGGCCCAAGUGCUCCAAACCAAGAGCUUGGCCACCGCCAAGAUCUCGGCCAAGGUCAUCCGGCGCUUCAUGCUGCAAAGACUUCGGGCCAACGACUUCUUGGAGUGCUGGCUGGAUGUUUCUGAUGUUUCUGAUGUUUCUGAUGGGGCUCUUGGUGCCCUUGGGGAGCUUCACGCCCAGAAAGCCGCCUUAGGUGCUUUCAAGCAGCUGGAGCGGCUGCUUACAGCUGUGCUGGGCCUGGAUGUUCCGCAGCAGUGGAUCGGCUCAUCGGUCGCAUUGGCCAUGGAGACUGGGAAGUUCAGCACGCAGCCGCGAGUCGCGGUGAAGGUCUUCGAUUGGGGUCGGGCCGAACUUUCCACCGCGGCUGACUUCAGCUCCUUGGCCCCUGAAGAGAAGGAGACCCGGGCAAGGUACUGGAAGCAGUACCUCCAAUCCUUGGCGCGCAUGUAUUGGGAGUUGGGCCGACUGGUGGCCCACCGAUGUUGCUGCCCCCUGUGGUCAGUCCUCGUGCUCGAGCUGCGCGUCUUUGCACCUGUCGUUCUGAGAGCCGCGUUGCUGGGCGAGAGCCUUUCAACCUCCCAGGAGACUUUGGGAAUGGGGCUCUUCCAGAUGUCCCCAGAGGGCGGGCAUGGGGAGAUCUCAUUACCACUGCUGGGCACUGGGCAGAAGGAAACCCUUCUGGGGUCCCUGCGGCUUCGCAUUGGCGUUCCUGCUCAGGGAGUGGGCGCUUGCUCCGUCGAGGUUUGUGAGACCUUCGAUGUGGAGCUCAGUGACCUGGCCGGGCUCAUUGUUACCGUGAGAGUCAUCGCUUUCGAGCGGCCGGGGGACGCGCGGAUGCAUCUCGAGGCCUUCCAGUCUGGCUGCCCAGCUCCUGCGCCACGAGGGCAUGUCUGUUGCCGGAGCACAGGGCCGGCCGCCGCCACCCAGAACAAGCUGGUCUGGCAGGAUCAUCUCGAGUUUCGUGGGCUUGGGGAUGCUGCGCAAGCCGUCCAGGCGGAGGUGCAAGCCUCUCUGACAUCAGUGGGCGUGGAUUGCACGGAUGAUUGGCUGGCCCGAAUGCCGCCUUCCACUACAGAACCGGAGGAUGUGGAGGAGAAGGCGGCUGCCUUCUUGGCUUGCGUGCUUCCGAAAGUGGACGCCGCAAAGUGGACCUUGCAGUGA